AUGCAUGUCACUCUGCUGGGCGUGUCCCUCGCUCUUGUUGGGGAGGCAUUGGCCACGAAUGGGGAUCAGGGUGAUGCGUGUGCCGCUGACAACUGUCUUCGCGCCAUUCGGGGUGGACCGGGCUCGGGUUGGAACAAGACUUCAUCAGACAACAACAACAACAACAACAACUACGGCGCCGCUGAUUGUCAAGCUUACUUCAUCGACGGCAAGUAUUUCCAAAAUAAUGGCGCUGCGGAUGCAGGCUCUGGUCAUGCAGCAAGAGCACCCGGUCCGGCAUGUACCGUAACGGCCACAACAACGGUUGCUGGAGGGCAGAAAGGCGGCGAUAGUGACGAUGAUACGCCGGCGACACAAACCGCUGGAAAGCAAAUGCAGACACCACCAGUCAGAGCUCGCAACAAUGGGCCGAUCUCCCAAGUCCCGGCUGGCUUGCCCGCCUACGCUUCCCCUUGUCCCAACGUGGCUGCCUAUUCGUCUGCAUGCUCUUGCAUCGGUGCACUAAGCAAUAGGGGAGGGUCUGGAGCCACUGGUUCUGCUCCUUGUGUGACAGUGACUGUCACCGAAACUCCCUCCAACGGAUCUGUGACCACCGGGAACCCCGACGAGCCAACGGAGACGUUCAAGCCGUCUAGCCCGGAGAUUACUGGGCCGACGUACCCUACCGCUCCUCCAGGAACUGCCAUCACGAUGCCGUCGGGUCCUUAUGCUAACCACACGACUCCUGAUAGCGGUGCUACGACUCCUUCCGGGCCAGACGAGACCUCGCCGCCUGAUGCUGGGACAACCUCUGCUGGUGGCAGUGAGGAAACUUCAGAGCCCGACAGCGGUGAAACCUCUACUCCCGGCGGUGGUGCGACCUAUCCCGGCUCCGGGCCCACGACGACUGCAGGGUCUGGUGCGAGCACAGAUCGUGGUGGUGGUACCGGCGGAGGCUCUACUGGUGGACCUAGUCAGACUGCUCCUCCAGAUGCAGGCCAGACUUUGCCUCCUGAUACCGAGACCACUUCUGCUCCUGGUGCCGGGUCGACAGGCGGUGGCGCGGGAACAACUUCUGCGCCUGAUGCUGACGAGACCUCCCCACCGAAUGCUGGCGAGACGUCGCCACCUGAUGCCGAGACUACCACUGCUCCUGGCGCCGGCUCAACGAGCGGUGGCGCGGACCAGACGACAGCCUCCGGCGCGGGUACGACCUCUGCUCCGGAUGCAAACGAGACGUCUCCCCCAGAUGUAGAUACCACCACAGCACCCGGCGCUGGCACCGGGUACUCGACAGACCGGGGCGGCGUAACUGGCGGGCCUACCACCCCUCCAGAUGCCGGCGAGACCUCUCCGCCUUCCAGCAACCCCACCGACACAUACCCCUCGCAGCCUGAUACGACUUCUGCGCCAUAUGGUAACGACACUAGGCCAUCUUCCUCCUUCAAGACACACAAGACGAAGCCGCACUACGGCACCGGCACGGGCACCGGCUCAGGCCACAAGCCCACCCAUACAGGCAACUGGGGCAACGCGACCCGACCCCAUGGGCCCAAGCCAACUCAGCAUGUCCUCAAGACGUGCGGCGCCUCCGGCAAGCACUUCUACCUGCAGGUCUCGCAGCCCGGCGCGCAGGCCCACGGGUGGUUCGUCGGCGCAGCCGGCAGCGAGGUUCUCUUCGUGCCCGGGAAGGAGAUGGCGAGCAAAUUCAGCGUCGAGAAGUCGGGGCAGCUCUGCGCCGUUGGCAAGAAGGGAGACAGGGGCAACGCGCUGGUGGCUGUGGCGGAUAAGCACUCGUGGGCGCGCAGCGGGAUCUCCAUGGCCGACGACGCCAUCGCGCUGCUGAGAAAGAGGACUCGGCCGGCGAUCAAGUGCUCUGUGCACGAGGGGGCCGCGGGACUCAAGUGCCACUUGGCAAAACUGAAAAACUGGGUGGGUUGCGGCAUGCGGCUCGAUUUGUCGAGUCAGGAGGGCCCUGGUCCCGGCGUCGCUGGAGGGUACCAGGGAUGGGGAUGCUCGCCUUUGACACUGACUGCAAUCUUUGAGAACGGUAAGGGGAGUGAGGGUGAUAAGAAGGGUAUGACUGGGGGAAAUGGAAAUGGGAGGUAG